AUGAAGAUUAUUUCGGCAGUUACGCUUUUUGCCGCCGCAAACGCUGCGUUUAUCGACAUCUUCCAUCAGCUUUCUGACGUAGGCGAGGAGAAAAUCCCCUCAAUGGAAGAGGGCGCUGUAGUAGCACGAACACUAGUGAAUCGGGAAUCAAUGAUGAAUGUAAAUACCAUCAGUCAAAGCGGCGCAGAUAAGGGGUACCCCAAGUCGUCUGUGGAGUACUAUGUUGACUGUGAUGGCGACGGAAAUCCGUAUUGGUUAAUUGUAGACAUUGGUUCGCCUUACCGCCAUAUCUCCCAAGGAUCUCGAUUCAGUGUGAGUGUGAGAGCAGGCGAUCAUCCUCAAAACGAAAAAGUAGACGAUAGGUAUCCUGGUGGAGUUCCGCUGUCGCCCAUGGGGCAGCCUCGAGUGAAUCUUAUGGGGGAGCUUCAGGAGAUUGCACACGAUCCAGAAGUAUGGGGGAAAUUGCUGAGAUGUUUCAUCGAGAGGCAUCCAGACUCGAAGUGGUGGCUUCCCACCAAUUUAGUGCUGCCCCAUCGGACGCAUUGGGCAAAGAUCAUUGUUCAUGAUGUGUACAUGGUAGGAGGAUUCGGCGAUAGGGCGUAUAUCGGUCCGAUUGAUGGGGAGACAUAUCACAAGGCGAGAAUUCUUUGA